AAUGAGUUCACAAUCAUUGCACAGCACUUCCGACCAUUUCUAACGAAAACAUUCCAGCCUCGCCUCAAAGUCUCAUCAUGUAUUCACAAAUUAAAUUGUCAGCGGCACUUCUAUUAAGCGCUUCCUUUGUGGCUCAUGCCGGUGUAACCCGGCGUCAAGAGUGCAAUUCCUUGGUAAUCUCGAUCGACGAUAGCAUUAGCUAUGGCAAUAGUGAACCUCAGAACGACCCUGACUCGCCCGCCUUGAUCAUUACCAAUGCGUCUAACGUGACAACAGCUGGAGGUCCGAGUAGCUCAGACUCCAAGUGUGUAUACUUCUAUAGACCAGACUCGAAUGCAUUGGCGGAUGAGCUGGACUGCGAGGGUACUGAGGAGGAAUGUGCCGAGGAGAAAUACGACGGCCAGCACUUAUACACCGGAGAUGUAUGGCCAUACAUCAUAACCGAUCCCGAAUGCGAGAUCACUUUCGAUGACACUGUCGCCGAUAAUAGUACACUACGCGAGGAUGGUUUCAUACAAGUUGAUAGCGAAGGUGUGGUCACCAUUGGAGGUCUACCCAUUUAUCAAUACCCGGAUGAUACCGCCGAAGAGUGUCUGUGCAACUUUGGUCCUUGGGCCAGCGUAGGUCCUGAUGGCGCAUCGCCACAGUUUGAGGUUACUCAGCGCACAUGAGAAUCGGAUCACCCGUGGUGCUCACGAUACAACUUGCUAAACUAAAUUGCAAGUCUCAGUUUCUAAACCUAGAGUCCUGGGCUACAGAGCUUCUCGAUGAAAGGGUCAUGGUCCCGUGGUCCUCAUAACUGAUUGAUAUAGAAAGGACAGAUGUUAUUGCCUGUCCGGAUUUGGCGCGCGAGAUGCACCGUUUCAGUAAACUGCCAACUACAUAAUAAAGCUA